CCUGAGUUAAGUUCCAAUAACUUCAGUAAGUUUCUCAAAGAAAACUGAAAAGGAUGGUAGGAGAAUUGUUUUAAAUGUGCCAAGGGAAUGUGUGAUACUACAAAAGAGAACAGUUUGGGAACUUUAAAAAACCUGAAAUAAUUACAAUGUUAAAGGACAUUUACUUCAAAUGUCCCCAAAACUCUUGUGAAGGACUUCUGUCUUAACUCUACCAUAAUUGCCAUUCCAUCAUAAUCUUCCCAAAAUUACAUGAAGCCGUUUUUGGCAUUUCCCGCCACAGGGAAACAUACAGAUAACUUCUUUCUUAGGCGUAGAAGACAUUCUAAAGAACAUCUAUGACUAGGGAUUACAAUGAAUCUUAACUCCUAGUUCCGAAGGUAAAUUGUCAGGGAGAAAAGCUUCCUUCUCAUAAGAAUGUCCCUACAUUAUGAAUGAAACUGCAUUUCUAUGCAUUUGGGAGCAAUGCUAACUUUUCUCUAAACAUUCAACAUUAAAAUAUUCAGACAAAGAAAUGGUGAAAUGAGUUCAAUGAUAGGGGUCAUACCUCUAAAGUUCCUAGAAAUUCCAUAACAAAGUCUAACACUAAACACUGAGCUAUUACCUCUAACUCUUAACACAUUCGAGAAGCUGCUCAGCUGAUUUCACAGAGGGGUGACAAGGGAGGACAACAGACACUUCAAAAGGCAAGAAGAGGAUGGCAGGAGCUCUUUUGCCAUGGCUACCAGGCCGAUCUCCGAGCGGAACCAGGAUGCCACUGUGUACAUGGGGGGCCUGAAUGAGAAGGUUAGUGAACCGCUGCUGUGGGAACUGUUUCUCCAGGCUGGACCAGUAGUCAAUACCCACAUGCCAAAGGAUAGAGUCACUGGCCAGCACCAAGGCUAUGACUUUGUGAAUUCUUGAGUGAGGAUGAUGCUGACUAUGCCAUUAAGAUCAUGAACAUGAUCAGACUCUAUGGGAAGCCAAUACGGGUGAACAAGGCAUCAGCUCACGACAAAAACCUGGAUGUAGGGGCCAACAUUUUCAUUGGGAACCUGGACCCUGAGAUUGAUGAGAAGUUGCUUUAUGAUACUUUCAGCGCCUUUGGAGUCAUCUUACAAACCCCCAGGAUUAUGUGGGACCCUGACACAGGCAACUCCAAAGGUUAUGCCUUUAUUAAUUUUGCUUCGUUUGAUGCUUCAGUUGCAGCAAUUGAAGCCAUGAAUGGGCAGUAUCUCUGUAACCACCCUAUCACCGUAUCUUAUGCCUUCGAGAAGGACUCCAAGGGUGAGCGCCAUGGAUUAGCAGCCGGACGACUUCUGGCAGCUCAGAACCCGUUCUCCCAGCCUGACCGCCCUCAUCAGCUGUUGGCAGAUGCACCUCCUUCACCCUCUGCCCCCAAUCCUGUGGUAUAAUCAUUGGGGUCUGGGCUUCCUCCACCAGGCAUGCCUCCUCCUGGCUCCUUCCCACCCCCAGUGCCGCCUCCUGGAGCCCUCCCACCUGGGAUACCCCCAGCCAUGCCCCACCACCUAUGCCUCCUGAGGCUGCAGGACAUGGCCCACCAUCGGCAGGAACCCCAGGGGCAGGACAUCCUGGUCAUGGACACUCCCAAGCUCACCCAUUCCCACCAGGAGGAGUGCCCCAUCCAGGGAUGUCUCAGAUGCAGCUGGCACACCAUGGACCUCAUGGUUUAGGACAUCCCCAUUCUGGACACCCAGGCUCUGGGGGACAGCCACCGCCCCAACCACCACCUGGAAUGCCUCAUCCUGGACCUCCUCCAAUGGGCAUGCCCCCCCGAGGGCCUCCAUUCUGAUCUCCCAUGGGUCACCCAGGUCCUAUGCCUCCACAUGGUAUGCGUGGACUUCCUCCACUGAUGCCCCCCAUGGAUACACUGGCCCUCCACAACCCACACCCUAUGGCUACCAGCCUCUCCCUCCAACCAGACCCACUCCCCAGCCACCAGUUGCCUCUCGAGGCCCGCUUUGGAGCCCUCUCCCUCAGUAAAUUCACAUUUUUCUUCCUCCUA